AUGUUGAUUGUACUGAAACCAACUGAACAAACACCACUUAGUGCACUUUAUUGUGCUGCUCUUAUCAAAGAGACUGGCUUUCCACCAGAUGUUGUCAACAUCAUACUAGAAUAUUUAUGUGAUGGGCCUGAAUGUGGUUAUGUGAUUGCUGUUCACGCACAUAUUGAUAAAGUAGCUUGUACUAAUUCAGUUGAAAUUGGAAAGAAAAUACAAGAAUCAUUAACUAAAUCAAAUCUUAAAUGUGUUACAUUUGAAGUUGAAUCAGAUUACAAGUUUGGAGAUAAAUUAGAAUGUGGUGGUGAACGAGUUGAUAAUAAAGAUUAUUUUAUCAAAGCAACUAUUUUUAGUGAUGUAAAAGAUGAUAUGCAAAUUACUCGUGAAGAGAUAUUUGGUCCAGUAAUGUCAGUCUUAAAGUAUGAUUCAUAUGAGGAAGUUACCAAACGAGCAAACGGCACGACUUUUGAACUUGGUGCUGGAGUGAUAACUGGAGACAUAAGAUGUGGUCUUACGUUGGCUCAUCAAAUACGACCUGGCUCUAUUUGGAUAAAUACUUAUAAGGCUAUAUGUAAUCAAGCACUAUUUGGUGGCUUAAAACAAUCAGGUCAGGAAAGAAAAUUAGGUCGAUAUGGUCUCGAAGCAUAUUAUCAAGUAAAAAUAAUUGUUGUUAAACUUGUUCGAGGAAAAACAAUACAAAUUUUUCAUGAAGAACAGCUAUUUGGAUUUGCUUGUUUAACUUUCUAA